AUGGAGGAGAAGGAGGAGGAAGAAGAAGAAGAAGAAGCAGCAGCAGCAGAAGACGCAGAAGAAGCAAAGAGAGCAUAUGGAAAAAAGCAAGAUGAACAGAUGGCGUGGUGGUUGCCCCCUGACCUGACCACCAGCCUUCUCUUGCAAUGGAACGGGGGGGAGGCAGAGUUCCUGGCCAUGCUCUGGGACGAGCAGGGGGGCGGAGGAGACAGACACGCACUCAGACAGCCAUACGGAAGACAGAGGAGGAAAGAGAGCAAGAGAGGCAACGGCGACUAUACCUGGGUUGGCUCGAUACGAUUAGAGAUGGAACAUGGGGACCUGCAAAAACCCGUCAAGAAGCAAUUGAAAAUUUAG